AUGGACGAGGGCCCGCCGCCUCCGCCGCCGCCACAUGGCGAGAAUCCUCAUACGACGGAGGGCGAAUAUCGCAAAUCCUCCGAUCUGCCCCAGGGCAAUUACGACAUCUUUAUUGUUCCACCUCACUCCGCUGGCUCGGGUUUCCUCUACCUUCCGUCUCUACAAUGCAACCGAAACAGUUUCCUGGCCGGUGUCGCGAGUACGCUGCUGGCCGUGAUGGCCUGGGUGCUUGUCUCUCCGAUCUUGAAAGCAUGGUAUAUAGCCUCCGUUGGCAGUGGAAGUGGAAUGGGCAUGGCAGUGGUCGCGCUCGGGUUAGGCGUCGCUGGGUGGGCAUUUGGGUCUGCCCAGUCUGGUAGCGCUGGCGACAAAGGCAACGGCGGUGCUCGAGGAGGACGGUUCGGCUUUAAUGGUCCUGGAGGCCCGGGGGCCCCUGGCAAUGGUGGACCAAACAGCAACCAGAACUCCUCCGGUGCCGGCUAUGGCCAGGGUAAAGGCUACGGCGGCAAUGGGGAUCAGCGACAACAGCAUGGAGGAAACUUUGGCGGACAACAGCGCGGCAACCAGUAUGCUGGAAACCAGCAUAGUGGUGGUCCUCCUCCAAACGCUGAAAAUGAGAAGCGUGAAAAGGAAGAGGCCGAAAGACGCGCUAAAGAAGAACGAGCCAAAGAACAGCAGGCUAAGGAAGAGCGUGCUCGGGAGGAGCGGGCCAGAGAGGAGCGUGCUAGGGAGGAACGUGCUAAGGCAGAGCGUGCUGCUAAAGAAGCCCGUGCCAAAGAAGAAGCUAAGCGCAAAGAGGAAUUGCGCCGCAAGAUGGAUGAGUUCAAGCGCAAACGCGACGCAGAGGCCAAGGAGAAGGAGAAGAAGCGCGAGCGCGAAGCCAUGGAGAAAGAACUCAAGGAGCGCCGCGAGCAGCUUGAGAAAGAAAUGGCAGCAGCUAAGGCAGCCGCCGAAAAAGAAGCUCGCGAUCGAAUGGAGAAAGAAGCCGCUGAAGCUCGUGAGAGGCACGCAAAGGCCGAAGCCGAGGCGAAAGCCAAAGCCGAAAAGCUGGAAGCAGAAGCCAAGGAGCGGGCUGCCAAAGCAGCUGCUGAGAAAGAAGCCGCUGCAAAAGAAGCUGCCCACAAGGAAGCCAUGGCUAGGUUUGCGGCUCUCAAAGAGGCAGCAAGCAAGAAGUAUGCCGAAAAGAAGGCCCAAGACGCAAAAAAAGAGGCCGCUGCGAAACCACCGCCUAAACCAGCCAGUGCUGGCAAUCCUCCUCGUACACCUUCUCCCAAGAAACCACCUCAUCCAACGGCCAACACGGCUGCCGAAGACGAUGCCUAUUCCUUUCGGCCCUACGACAGACCACGGCGCCCAUACGCAGCUGCAACCUCCGUCUACUCGGAGUCCUCUUACGCGCCUUCUCACUCAACUGCGCGCACAACUCCUCCGCCUUCACAUCGCAGCUCAUACUCAACCAAGGAUCCAGACAAGAUCGUGAUCCAAGGUGUGUACGCCUUCAACAACGCCUUCAUGAAAACACCCAUAGCACAGCUCGUUUCCGGCCAGGGCAUGAUAACCGACGGCCUCGUGCUUCGAAUCACAACCGAAGGCCUCUUCAUCGACGAUGACCUGCGCGGCAUCGGCCAGCGCGAAUGGGACGUCAAAGCAUGGACCCUCAAGCUGGCCGAGGUAUGGUGUCCACAAGUGAACGCAGCAACCUCCGCCAAAUUACCCUCCAGCAACCCCUUCUCCUUCCGGCGCGGGAACAACGUCCCCACAAACGAAGAGUCGGAGGUCUUUCUCGCCAAUUUUCUCAAGGUCUGCAAGAAUACUUGCCGCCUGGCUUCGCCGAGUGCAUGCUUUUCUCCCAGCGCUGCAGGUAGUGCUGUCAAUGGUGGCAAGUCUGACUUUCGUGGUCUGCAUGUUCUACGCGCUAGUCUGCGCGACCAGGAAGGGAAGAGGUAUGUCUUCGUGUUGCAGGACACCGAGGCGUGGAAGGUCGCUAUUGGACUCCAGCGGCUGCGGGCUGGUGCUCUAGUCCGCGCACUGGGUGUAUCAGCCAUGCCAGUUCCAGAAUGCAAGACCAUGCUCAGUGGUCUGGGCUAUGUUUGA